UACAUGGCGUACAUUGGGAAGUUAGUCAGAACGGAUGAUGCCCGUUCACGACUAGAAGUGUUAUGAUCAGUUAUGAUUGAAGCUUUCAUAAAGGUUAGUCAGAACGAAUGACGCCCGUUCAUGACUAGGUAGAAGUAUUAUGAUGAACUAUGUUGGUCAGAACGUAUGAUGCCGUUCAUGACUAAAAGUAUUAUGAUGGAUAUUGUAGGUCAGAACGGAUGACGCCCGUUCAUGACCAGAAGUAUUACGAUAAUUGAUGACGGAAGCUUUCAUAAACGUGUUUUACGAAGCCAUAGAACGGAUGGUGCCCGUUUUGUGACCUAUUUCGUUAUUUACAGGUAACAAUGGCAAACCUAUCGUUAGAAAAAUUUGAAUGCGAGGGUGAGGUGACAUCGGUGUGCGUAAGAUGGGAACGAUGGAAAAGAAGCUUGUACGUAUACCUAGAAGCUGCAAAUGUUACUACACCAAGUCAGAAGCGAGCAAGUCUUUUACAUUGGGGUGGGUCAGAAUUACAAGAAAUAUUUUAUAACAUUCCUGACGAAGCCGCAACGAAUACCUCAGAGGAAACUGAAACAGAUGUUUUUAAAAUGGCAAUUAAGAAACUGGAUGAGUAUUUUGCACCCAAACAAAGUAAAAGAUUUGAAAGGCACGUGUUUAGAUUAAUAAAGCAGGAAGAAAACGAGAAGUUUGAAAAAUUCGUUGUCCGGUUGCGACAACAAGCUGCUAAAUGCCAAUUCGUGGAUGUAGAUGACCAGCUCCUGGAUCAGAUUACUGACAGAUGCAGUUCAGAAGAAUUAAGGAAGAAAAUCUUAAAAAAUGGAGAUAAAAUGACUCUUGAAGAUGUUAUAGCUGAAGCAAAUGCGUUAGAAGUAAUAAACAGACAAUUAGAAGAUUUUAGUCAAAAACAGAAAAGGAAUCAAGACGUAAAUCACGUGAAAGAUAACAGUAAAAAUAAAAAUCAAAGAGGAAAAAGAGAAUGUUUUCGAUGUGGCGGGUGGAAUCACUUAGCAUACGAUGAGAAAUGUCCAGCAAGAGGAAAGAAGUGCACAAAAUGUGGAAGAAUCGGGCAUUUCAAACUGCAGUGCAAGACAAACCCGCUAAAAAGGAAACUAGAAGAAGACGCAAAACAAACACGCAAUAAAGAUACAAAGAAAUUCAAGAGACAAGAUACGAACAACAUAAACGAACAAAAAAAUAGUAAUUCAGAUGAAGAAAUUGAUUAUGUGUUUAACAUGAACAACGAUGAUAUUGUAAUCUGUAAAAUAGGAGGCGUAGAAGUCGACAUGUUGAUUGAUUCCGGCUGCAAGUACAAUUUGAUUACAAGUAAAUCUUGGGGUGUUAUGAAGAGAAAUAGGAUAAAAGUAAUUGAACAAACACAAAAUCCAAGAAAAAGAUUUUAUGCUUAUGGAUCCGACUCUCCUCUAAAGUUGUUAGGAGCUUUUAAAUCUUCAAUAGAACUGGCAGGAAAAACUCAGCAUUCAAUUUUCUACGUAGUUGAAAAUGGCACUAGAAAUCUAUUAGGAAAAGUGACAGCCUUGGCAUUAGGAGUAUUAAGGAUUGGUGUAGCAGUAAAUGAGAUACGAAGUAAAGUAUUCCCAAAAUUCAAAAAUGUUGUAAUACACAUUCCAAUAGAUGAUAAAGUAAAACCGAUUGCACAGCCUUAUAGGCGUAUACCAAUUCCUCUAGAAGGCAAAGUUAAUGCUAAAAUAAAUGAACUUCUUGAAAAAGACAUAAUUGAAAAAGUUGAUGGUCAUUCAGAAUGGAUAUCACCUAUAGUUCCCAUAUUGAAAGAGAACGGAGAUAUCCGCCUAUGUAUAGAUAUGCGACGAGCAAAUUCAGCAAUAAAACGCGAAAACCACCCGUUACCGACAAUGGAUCAGCUGCUACCGAAGAUAAGAGAUGCGGUCAUUUUCAGUAAAUUGGAUAUUUGUGAUGCUUUCCACCAAUUGGAACUUCAUCCAGAUUCUAGAUCCAUCACAACUUUCAUCUCAGCCAAAGGUCUUUACCGGUACAAAAGGAUGAUGUUCGGUAUUUCUUGUGCUCCGGAAAUAUUUCAGAAAACUCUUGAGCGUAUUCUCUUAACUUGUAAAGGGGUUAUUAACUUCAUUGACGACAUCUUAGUGUACGGAAAAAACCGAACAGAACAUGAUGCCAGACUUCAAAAAGUCACUGAAGUGUUAGAGGCCAAUAAUGUUAUAUUAAGGCAUGAAAAAUGUAUUCUUAGUACAAACGAAGUAGAAUUCUUAGGCCACAAACUUUCUAAACAGGGUAUAAGACCAUUAGAUAAAUACUUAAGUACAAUUAAAAAAUUUAGAGCUCCUACAACUGUUUCUGAAUUACAAAGCUUUAUGGGCUUGAUAAAUUACGUGGGCAAAUGGAUUCCCAACUUAGCUACAAAAACAGAACCGCUUAAACAAUUGCUUCGUAAUAAAUUUGGCAGAAACACUGAUAUACGUGAGUUGUGGGGAGAAAGUCAGCAAGCUUCUUUUAACUCUUUAAAAGUUGACCUUGCUGACAUAUCUGACUUGGGCUAUUAUAACGUACAAGAUAGAACACUUGUAUUUGCCGAUGCAAGUCCGGUUGCUAUAGGUGCUGUUCUAGUACAGGAAAAUGAUUCUGGACCACGUGUUAUUGCAUUUGGAAACAAAACCCUUACCGAUUGCGAACGCCGCUAUUGUCAGACUGAAAAAGAGGCAUUAGCACUGGUAUGGGCGGUAGAACACUUUCACAUGUUCCUUUACGGAAAAGAAUUCAACUUGGUGACUGAUCACAAGCCUCUGGAAGUGAUAUUCAGUCCAAAGUCAAAACCGUGUGCGAGAAUCGAAAGAUGGAUGCUCCGGUUACAAUCAUACCAGUAUAAGGUUAUUUAUCGCCCGGGAAAAAACAACAUUGCUGAUCCACUUUCUAGACUAUGUAAACUCACCCCGGAAAAUAGUGCCCCAAAUGUCGAUUAUGUACAAAACAUAAUCGAGCAUGUUAGACCCAUAGCGGUGUCAUUAAGCGAUAUUGAGCGUUGUUCUAAUGAAGACCUAGAAAUUCAAAAAGUUAAAGAAGGUGUUCAUGAGCGUAAGUGGGAUGCAGCUGUAAAAUGUUACAAGCUGAUUGAAAAUGAACUUUGCUUUCACGAAGGAAUUCUACUCAGAGGAACUAAAAUCGUUAUACCAAAAGUAUUGCGAAACAGAGUACUAUCAGCGGCGCAUGAGGGACACCCAGGUAUCGUGGCAAUGAAAGCGAGACUUAGAACAAAAGUGUGGUGGCCUAGAUACGACCAAGAUGUGGAAAGGAUGGUCAAAUCAUGUAAAGGAUGCACACUCGUAUCUGUACCUAAUGCACCACACCCUUUGAAAAGAAGAGAAUUGCCAUCACAUCCAUGGGUUGACAUUGCAAUAGACCUUUUAGGGCCAUUACCAUCCAACGAUUAUCUUCUGGUAGUAGUCGAUUAUUACUCUAGAUAUCAAGAAAUAAAGAUUUGUCGAGAUAUAUCCAGUAAGGAAAUGAUAAAACUGCUAAGGGAAGUUUUCAGUAGGCUCGGUUAUCCAGUUUCUUUAAUGGCAGAUAACGGAAAACAGUUUGUUAGCGAACAAUUUAAGUCAUUUUGUAAGGAAAAUGACAUAAAAUUAUAUCACUCUGUUCCGUACUGGCCGCAACAAAAUGGAGAAGUCGAGCGCCAGAACAGAAGUAUACUGAAACGACUACGAAUAUGCCAGGCUGAAAAUAAAAUUCACUGGAGAGAAUCGUUAGUCGAUUAUCUGACUAUGUACAACAAUACCCCCCAUACAGUCACAGGAAAAACACCAGCAGAGUUGUUCUUCCAGAGGAAAAUCAGGGAUAAAAUACCUAUGAUCGAUGACGUGGAGCAUAGAAAUGAUGACAUGGACUUACGAGACAAGGACAGAGAACAGAAGGAAAGAGGAAGAGAGUACACGGACAGAAGAAGGAAAGCACAAGAUAUUGACCUAGAACCAGGAGAGAAAGUAUAUAUCAAAGAUAUGAAUAAAGCAAAUAAACUCAGUACAAAUUAUGAACCAACUCAAUAUACAGUUAAAUCACGAACUGGAGGCGAUGUUGAGGUAGAAAACGAGGAAACAGGACAACGUUUGAGACGAAAUAUAGUACACCUAAAAAAGGUAGAAGAUUGUUAUGAUGCUCUAAUAAAGAUGUUACUAAAUAUAAUAAAAGUUAUUAUUAUAUCUAAAACUCUCAUUAAAAUAAGGAAGAGAUGUAGUGUUUGUAGAAUUAUAUGGUUCUGUCGUCUCAUGCGUACACGCCGCGCGCUAUAGUAUAGUGGGGGAGCGGGGCAUACCCCCUCCCUCACUCACU